UUGCAGGAAGAUUAGAUGCCUUUCUCUUGUCUAAAAAAUGAGUGCCGAGCCUUCCUCAUCAUCUGCAAGACCAAAAUGCAAGGUCAAGUCUGCCCUGAAGAAGAUUUUUGGAUUUGACUCUUUUCGGUCUGAUCUCCAGGAGAAUGCAACUCGUACUGUGGUUAGAGGUGACCGAGAUGUGUUCGUGUGCAUGCCAACUGGAGCUGGCAAGUCUCUCUGUUAUCAGCUUCCUGCUGUCCUUACAGUGGGAAUUACCAUUGUUAUCUCUCCACUUAUUGCUCUGAUUCAGGAUCAAAUAGACCACCUUCUAGCCCUGAAGAUUAAAGCCUGCUCCCUGAACUCCAAACUGCCCUCUGCAGAACGCAGAACAAUCCUUCAAGAUCUGGAGAGCGAAAGCCCCAAAACCAAGCUUUUGUACAUCACCCCUGAAAUGGCUGCUGCUUCUUCUUUUCAGCCCACACUGAACCUUCUGCUAUCUCGCAGCCUCCUGUCCUACCUCAUCAUAGAUGAAGCCCAUUGUGUCUCUGAAUGGGGCCAUGAUUUUCGGCCAGAUUACCAGCGUUUGGGGACUUUGAGAUCUCGAUUGCCGCAAACGCCUUGUGUUGCUCUCACUGCUACAGCCACCAAGAAAGUGCAAGAUGAUAUUAUAUCGUCACUGAGGCUGCACCAACCAAUUGCAAUGUUUAAAACUCCUUGCUUUCGUGUCAACCUUUUUUACGAUGUUCAGAUGAAGGAGCUUUUGGUAGAUCCUUAUGGAAGUCUCAAGGAUUUCUGCUUGAAGGCUCUAGGAGAGAAGAAAGCUACAGGGGGCUUCUCAGGCUGUGGAAUAGUGUACUGCCGAACCAGAGAUGCUUGUGCGGAAGUAGCAACUCAACUGUCUCAGAGAGGUGUCCCCUCCAAGGCCUAUCAUGCUGGUCUCAAAGCAGCAGACAGAGUGACUGUCCAAAAUCAGUGGAUGGAGGAGAUCGUUCCAGUGAUAGUGGCUACCAUCAGCUUUGGAAUGGGGGUGGAUAAAGCCAAUGUGAGGUUUGUUGCACACUGGAAUGUUGCCAAAUCAUUGGCUGGCUACUAUCAGGAAUCUGGAAGAGCUGGUCGAGAUGGCAAGCAAUCUUUUUGUCGCCUUUACUACUCUCGUACUGACAGGGACCAAAUCAGCUUUCUUAUUAAAAAGGAGAUCACAGCAGCUCAGGCAAAAAGGAGAGAUACCAAAGCAACAGACAAAGCUGCUAUGGUUGGAUUUGAGACAAUGGUGAACUUUUGCGAGGAGCUGGGGUGCCGCCAUGCUGCUAUUGCAUCGUAUUUUGGUGACAAAAGGCCUCAGUGUGACAAGUGCUGUGACUCCUGUAAGAACCCUCAACUAGUGAAGAAGCAGAUUGAACAGUUAGAGAGUUUGAUCUCAAAUAGAAGCAGAACCUGCAUUGAGCAACCUGGAGCUCGACCCGGACCAUUUGGCUAUGACGCAAAUCUUUAUGAAGGGGGCAGGGAUGGGUAUGGGUUUGCCAGAUAUGAUGCUGAGGAUUCUGAUGGAGGACAGGAGGAUGCAUCUGACAAACGCAAACAGCAAUGGAACAGAUUCUAUCAGAAGCAGAUGAAUCUCAGGAAGAACAAAGAGCUGGAAGAUUUCAUUCCUCCAAGCGAGGACUGUCCACUUAGGGAUGGAGCUAAUGCUAAAAUUCCUAAACUCACAGUCAAGGCUCGGGAGCACUGCCUUAAGAUGCUGGUGGAAGCACUGAGCAAAAAUGUCCAAGUGACUGACAGCCAGAAUAAGACUGAUGCAGCUUCAUCUGCGGCGGACAUAGAAUAUGAGGUUUUUCGAAACAGCAAGAUGUCAAACCUCUAUAAAGCAGGAGUACUGAAAAAGGUGUCUGAGAUUAACAAGGCUUCUAAGGAAGGCGAGCUGUAUGUUGUGCUUGCUGACACUUCAUGGAAAACAGAGACAAAAGAAGAUUCAUCCGAAGAUGGAUUCCUGUCUGGUUCUCCACUGCACCCGUCUAAACGAAAACGAGUGGGUGCCCCAUCUUUAUUUCAGACUGCAUCGAGUUUGCUUCAAAACCCCAAGCCAACAACAGAACCAUCACAGACUAACCACGGCACCAUAGAACAGUGGGAAGCCAGCAGUGCUAGUCCACCUCUUCUAGACACGGCAAGCCCCAGUAAAAAAGUAAACAGUCCAAGCAAAAAGCCCCGUCUUAGUAAGAAGAAACAAGAGCUGGUCUCUGCUGCCACCAAAGACUCCCAAAAUAUCUCCAAGUUUUUUUCAUCUCAGGGUAAAUCCAGCAUGUCAAAACAUGACAGCGCUACUGUAUGUGAAAGCACCUCUACCAUUGGCCGAACUAAAAACUCCUCUACUUCUCCAGAUGUAUUGAAAGAGGAGCAGAGUAGUGAUGAAGAAAUUGUCCAAAAUGUACCAUCUCCAGGCUGUUCAGAAAACCUAAAGGUCCAGAUGCCAGGAAAACAUACUGUGUUACAGAACAAUAAAAGUGAACAGUUAUUGGAGACCAAAGACCAGACUAGCACUUUAUUUCUACAUAAUUCUGAUAGUAUGAAUGUCUCAGAUCGUCUCCAAGAUAUGCAAACCUCUAAAACAAGUGUUGGGGAUACUAUGACUCUCUACUCAUCAGAAAACCAGGAACUGUCUAAUGAUUCUUCAUGUCAGGAAAGAUGGAAGGAGUCAGCGAAUUCCAGUACAGAGCAAAACAAUUCUAGCUAUCCCUUAUAUCUGCCUACCUCCAGCCAACACGAGUUCGAGAAGAAGACAUCAGAAGAAGAGUAUAAACAAGUAUCAUUCACAUUUCUUGGCCAGGAGUCUGAAGAGCCCUCCAGAAAGAGGCCGAGAACAGAAGAAAAAUCCUCCAUUUUGUCCCAUCCAGUGAAAAGCGCCAGUGGCAAAAAGAAAGUGACUUUUGACCCAAAUCUUCAUCAUCAAGACAAGGAAGGCACCGCUAAAAUAUUACAGCCGCCUCUGAAUAAGGUGGUGACGCUUAAAGAGACUGCUGACAUUGUGGUCAAAUAUUUGACUCCAUUUUUCCGGGACGGAAAGUUUGCUUCCAAGGACCUGUUUAAGGCAUGCGCAAGGCACCUUUCUCACCACUUAGCUGGGGAUAACAAGAAACCUCUGCGGAAAAAUGUGAAAGAAGAAGCUCAGAAGUUCAUCAAGACAUUUUUUAAGACCCGAACACUUUGUGAGAGUGAGACAGACUGGCAGGAGAUGCUGCAAGCUGCCACCCAAUGCCCAGUGCUGAAGAGAUGCCACCUUGAAAAAUGAAUGAUCUAUGCACUAACAGAGAGCUCAGUGAAGCACACAGCUACCUCACACCACCUGUUGUACUGCUCAUCGGUCUGUGUGUGCGCUGUCUGUUCUCUGUCUAUACCACACAUCACAUUGAAAUGGUUUACAUGUCAUACCUUCAGACCAUCUUUUUUCCCCCUCUUUGCUGUGCUUCCUAUAAAC